AUGCUAAUUCGGGGUUAUAAAUACAGCAGAGGGAGCGGCGGAGCAGCAAAGAGCCCAACUGGAAACGGAGCGACCCACUGCCCGAGUGCCUCCUUCCCACCCCGUGCCUGGAUUAGAAUGACUGCCACAGCCACCCCGGGCAGCACCCACAAGCUCGCCAGCACCAAGGAGGAGAGGAAGUUAAGGAAACCCCUCAUUGAGCGGAAGCGAAGGGAAAGGAUUAAUAACUGCUUAGACCAGCUGAAGGAGACAGUUGUGGGAGCAUUUCACCUGGAUCAGUCUAAACUGGAAAAAGCAGACAUCCUUGAAAUGACGGUGAAGCACCUCCAGAACAUCCAGAGCACCAAGAUGAUGGCUGACUCCAAAGUGGGUCUGGAAGCCCAGCAGAGGUACAGCACUGGGUACAUUCAGUGCAUGCACGAGGUGCACAACCUCCUUCUCACCUGUGAGUGGAUGGACAAGAGCCUUGGGGCACGCCUGCUAAACCACCUGCUGAAAUCCUUGCCCAGGUCUGGUGAAGAUACCUGCAAAGCAGCACUGAGGUCUUCCAGCCCAUCUCAACAGCCUCUCUUGACGCCAAAAGGUCCUCUGAGCCCUAAGGGGAGCAAUCGGGGCACAAACCUGGCACAGGAGCGCUUCUACUCUGCAGAGAACAAGCAGGCUUCCAAAAAUUCCUUCCAGGUGCCGUUGCUGUCGGUUUUCAACCAGGUUGAUGCUGCGCCUCCCAGACAGGUUCUGCAGCCAAAUUUUUCCCAUAACAACCCUAGAAUGGGAUCAUUAGAUAUGUGGAGACCAUGGUAAAGCGUGUUUUCAAUUUUUAUCCUAACCUUAGACACUCUUACGUAUGUAUCUUAUAGAUAUGUUUCUUUAAAACACUUGUGGAGCAAGUCUGUUCCUGUAGGUGUACUAAAGACCAGGGUACUUCAAGCCGAAGUAAACCUAUGUGUAGCCUGCAUUGUAGAAGGCUGCUAUUAUUUUUUAUUUAUUUAAUACAUCUAAAUUAUUGUAUAGAACCCUCUUAUGCUCUUUAGCUUAUAUUAAUUAUAUAGUUUUCUUGUCUUAUGUUCUAAAAUAAUUAACUUCCUAUUAAUAAAAAUACAAAACAACAGGCAAUGGCCCUUUCUGGCAUCAGUUACCUCUCAGAUCUCACAUAAACCACUGAGAUAACUUUGUUGGAUAAAGGGGUAAACAGCUGAUCUCUUUGGCUUUUUAUUUUUUUAUUACCCCUGUGCAGCUGUAGGAGAUUCCAGUGUCAAUUCCUGUAAAAAUGCUGCAGUGGUUAGGAAAAAAAAAAAAAAAGAGAGAAAGGGAGAGACUUGGUCUGGACUUUUGAGGCUGUUUAGAAAUGCUCUCUGGGUUGCUCACUCUGGCUGUGUUGUUCCCAGCCACCUGGACAUCCUGACAUCACUCUUAAACUAGUGAGCUAUGUGUUAGUAUAUGUAUAUAUAUGUAACUUAUAGUUAUAAUUAGGGAUUUUUUUUUUUGUUUCCUUAACUAAAAGUUCUAAAUAAACUUUUGGAAGAUCAUGACUGAUACUUUUCCCAGCCUUGUCCUUUAUGCUCUGAAUAAACAGUACUCAAGCA